GGAGGGGGGAAAUGGCCGCCGCCGCCUCGCCUCAGCUCAGGCCUGGUGUCUCUCUGUGAGGCGGGAAGGCGGCGGAUGGAGCCGGGAAUGGAGAGACCGAGAGAGACAGAGACACGCAGAGAUGGAGGCUGGCGCGGGGCCCGGCGGUGAGGAGGAAGAGGCCCGGGAUGUGAGGGGGUGUGGGCCAGGCCCGUCCUCGGCUGCUCCCGGGGAGGGAGGGAGGGAGGACUACGACUCCCAGGGGCCCAGAUUCGCACCCUCCCUCCCCCCAAUACAGGUCUCCAUACGACGCUACAUGAACUUGAAUGGAUACUGUGGUUGUGUUGUCGAAAGCUUUCAUGGCCGGGAUCACACUGUUGUGGUCACUUCCUGGCACCACAGCAGCUGAAUGUGCAUCAAAUUUGAAGAAGAUCUACACAGUACAAACUGUACAGAUCUUUUGGAGUGUUUAUAAUAAUAUUCCUCCUGUGACAAACCUGCCUCUGAGAUGUAGCUAUCAUUUAAUGCGUGGAGAAAGACGGCCACUAUGGGAAGAAGAAAGCAAUGCCAAAGGAGGUGUGUGGAAAAUGAAGAUCCCCAAAGACAAUACGGCUUCCGUUUGGAAAGAACUGUUGCUGGCUACCAUUGGGGAACAGUUUGCUGACCGCUGUGCAGGAGGUGAUGAAGUAAUAGGGGUUAGUGUCAGUGUUCGGGACCGGGAAGAUGUCGUCCAAGUCUGGAAUGUCAAUGCAUCGCUAGCGAGCGAAGCGACGGUUUUAGAAAAGAUCUAUGAACUUCUGCCACACAUGUCUUUUAAAGCCGUUUUUUACAAACCUCACAAAGAACAUCAUGCCUUCGAAGGUGGACGUGGGAGACAUUAACAGGACUGAACUCAUACAUUGUAAUUUUUCUUCUUUUUUCAAGAUCAACGUAAUGGGAAAAUGGACAGAAGCACCGCAAUCACCGUUUCAUUUUAGAUCUUUUUCUAUUCCUCUUGAGCCACUGUUUUACCCAAAAAGCAAGGAGAAUCGCACCUCUGUUUCUGAUCGUGAGGUUUAUUUUGACUUCUCAAUGCAAAAAAGCCUCUCCUAUUUAAUUAUUGCUUUCCUUUGAUGGUAGAGGACUUUGUGGUUAAGUAUUUUGCUGUAUGUAGUUUUUAAGGCAGAUGUGCACAGGCAUGAUAUAUGCUCCAUUUUUAAAGAUUCACUGCACCUCAGGAGUGAAUGGCUUUGUUGACCCAUGGUUUGCUUUUCUGCUUCGUAUUGUUUGCUUUGAGACAUUCCUGUCAAGCAAAGAUCUACUCUCUUUGAAAUUUGCACUGUUGUAGUAUGCAUUAACAGAAACCCUGCUCAGCCUCCAUGGGAAUGAAUGGAGCUUGCACAGCAGUGGGGCUGUCCAGGUUGCCUUCAGUCAUGCCCCACUUAUGCACUGAUAAUGCCCCUACUGUAAGUUAAAAUCACUGGGCAGAGCCUGUGAACCCUGAAUAUAUUUCUGUUUUAACUUAUUCUCAAGACAGAAACCCUUCAACAGGCAUUGAUUUGGGAUACACUUGAUGGGGGCCCACAAUCGGGGUGAGUGUAACCAUUGGCCAAACUGCAAACCAAACCAGGUUGUGCACAAAUACCAUAUUCCUUCUCUUCUAAGAUGCCACCCGUUGAAAGAUGCCCACUCAUUUCAUUUCCAACAACAGAAAAAUGCUUUAUUUAUAUAUACAAAGAAGCAUCCACGAUUCCAAGAUGCACCCCAUUUUUAGAGAUGUUUAUAGUGAGGGAAGUGUGUCAUAGAGUUGAAGAAAUAUGGUAAAAUUUCAGUUGGUGAUCCAUUGUAAUUUCUGGUAUCAUAGCAGUACUUGAGCUGUUGCAGUUAAAGCUCAGGGAGGUUAUUUUUCAACUAUGGAAUUAUAGUCUGAAAAGUCACUUUUUUUUAGCUUUAGCCACAGUUGCGCAAAGGAAGCUCAAGAAAGUUCUUUUUCAACUAUGAAAAGUAACUUUUUUCUGCGCUCUGGCCACAGUUGCGCUAAGAAAGUUUAAUAAGUUAUUUUUGGUCUAUGGAACUGAAGCCUAAAAAGUCACUUUACUGAGCUCUGGCCACAGUUGUGGUCAUUAUAUUGUAAAAGUUACCCAUCAAAUACAGAGCAGUAAUUUUUUUGUAUCAGCAUUGAUUUUUUUUCUGACUACUUUAGAAAUCUUUUUAAGAAAAAUGAAUGAUUUUUCAAUAGGAAACCAUGGAUUCUCUAUUUUGAAAGUGGCUGAUUUUGAUUUUAAGAAAAGUGGUCUUACGAAAUUUCAGAAAACGAAUCUUUAAAAAUCUCUGCUGUGGUCUCCCUUAUAAUAGGAACCUUUACCUGCAUACUUUUAGCACACUUGUUAUAAAACAGAUCUUUCCUAUCCACCAACUCAUUCUGAUCAUAUCCCAUUGAAGCCAAUAUCAAGUGCAUUGUAGUUUUAUUGUAAAAUGCAAUACAACUGUGUGUAGUUGCAAGCUAUCAUGGCGCCUUAAGUACAUUUUUUCAAUGUAGAAAAAAGUCCAUUACACUUUAAAGCAUGAAUGUGAAAAUGUUCAGCAUUCAGUUGGUGUCGUUUCCUCUCCAUACUGAUUUAUUGGAGGUUUUGGUAUAUUUUAUUACAGUACCAAAGAUUUAUUUAGUUCCUCACGAGGGGAUGCCAAUGGGGUAGAGAAAUAGUGCAUCUACCUAGGCUGAAUUGCUAGAUUAGUAUUAGUAUUCUUAAAAUGGUUCUGACUGCACUGAUAUCAACCCGUUUAAUUUCACAAGAGGUGGCCAUUGGAAUUCAGCUCAUUUCUAAGUAAAUCAAUUUUCCCUUUUUAAUUUUUGUACUAGUUCAUCUGUAUUUAUGAAUUAAACUUGUGCAUUUAACGAGCAUUAUUAAAAAGUUUUAUAAACUCA